AUGCGCUUACAAAUAAUCAUACCUUUCAUAUUCUUAAUAAACUCAUUAGAAACCAAAGAAGUAACACAAGAUACAAUUAAAAAGUCACUAGAAGAACACCAAGGGCAUAUAUUGGUCAAUAAAAGUAAAUUAAAAAACACACAUCUUAAAAUCGCUAAUGUGACGAAAGUUAAAAUAAAAACCACUCUGAGAAAACCUCCAGAUGUACCAACUCUUAUUACUCGUGAACGUUUGAAGCAAUGGGCCUAUGAAAUCCACGAGCAUUUAUUUGAAAUAGAAAAAAAAGUAGUCCGACGGGAUGUGUUGUCUCAAAGUUUCUCAAACAUCAAGAUAGAAAUGAGGAAUGGAUCAGCAAUUUUACAAAGAGCUUCAAGAGCUCUCGAAGAUCUGUUGGACAGGCGAGGGAAAGCGGCGGAGGCAAUUAUGAGCAAAGCGGAAGAGCUAUCAACAUACAUUUUGGAAAAUAAAAUACAACCACCCCCAGACUAUACGUUUGAUCAUAGCGUUGAUUUAGACGUACUAAAGCAAGCGGUGCCAACUGAAAGUGAAUGGGAGCUACCAUCUUCCUGUAUCAGUAUAGAUAAAAUAAAACUUCAAAAGAGUUCACAUUUCAAUGCACAAGUUUCAUUGGACUCUAGUAGUGUUCAUGUCGUUGCCGAAGUUUUUGCUUGUGAUCGUAGAGUUCUACCACAUAUUUAUUGGUCGGAAAAUCUUCUUGCUACUUUUCGUGAGAACUACGCACAAGAUGCCACACUGGACUUUCAAUACUUCUGCAGUGCAAAAGGAUUUCUAAGACAUUAUCCUGCUGCUCUAUGGCAAAGUCUAUAUAAUUUGAACGUGGAAGCGGAAGAUGUGUACGACUGUCGUUUGAGGCCAUGGUAUGUGAGUGCCAGUGGCGCACCAAGAGAUGUACUCAUUCUACUUGACGCAUCGGGAUCGAUGGAUAACUCAUCUAACCAAGUUAUUGCCGAAUUAUUCACAUCAACUCUCCUAAACACUCUGACGGAUGAUGAUCAAGUUAAUGUCUUAAGAUUCAAUGUUGUGGUCGAAUCGCCAAUUAGCUGCUUUAAUGAUAAACUUGUACCGGCAAACCACGUUAACUCAGCAGCAAUGAUGUCGGCACUUAAACGCCAGGCUUUGGUUAACGAAUCGUUAAUUGGAGAUGUUUUAACGUAUUCGGUACGUUUGCUUCAAAAGCAGAAUACAUUGAAUAGACCACGCGCUUGUCAACAGGCAAUCGUAUUAGUCACUGACAGUCUUUAUUAUAAUUACACUGAUUUAAUGCGACGCCUCGACCCCGAAGGGAAGAUCAGGCUCUUUGUAAUGUGGCUACACGAUCGCAAUGGUCUGCGAGAUUACACACGUUUGUAUGGGGAAUCUGUGAGUUGUGAGAGAGAUGGUUAUUUUGCAGAGUUCAUUUCUCACUCUGAGAUCACAGAACAAGUAAUGAGAAUUCUAAGAGUGUUAGAGCGUCCUCUAGUGGCGCAAAGGGAACACCGAUUACGGACCUAUAGUGAUGUGUAUGCGCAUAUUGAGGAUCCAAGACGUGGAGAAUUUCACUGGCAACAAAAAGAAAGCGCCGAACAAGAAUAUCGGUAUAAAAGGUUAAGACAAAAUAAAGAUUUGUUCCUCAAAAAUCUGUAUAAGGAUGAUAUGCAUAUGUACAACUUGGAUAAAAAUGGUCAAUAUUAUGAAGGCGAAGACAUGAACUAUCGCUUACAAGUGAGCGUUUCAGUUCCAGUUUUCGAAAGCACGACUAUUGAGAACAUAACUAUUCAAUUGGACGAGGAAAUGCAACGUAAUUCUACGCGGACGUAUCCAGUAAAUCGUCUCCUAGGAGUAGCUGGAGUUGACAUUCCAUUGGAUCAUUUAAAACUCAUAUUGCCAUUUUUUCUGAUAGGCGCAAGCGGAACCAUGUUCAUAGUUGAUCAUCGUGGUAAUAUCGUACUGCACAACAAUACAAAACCUGUCUUUGACGGCGAUAUCCUAAAACCUGGAUAUCGUACUGUAGACAUCUUAGAUGUGGAGCAACCAGGAAUAGAUCACUAUCCCAGACAUUACCCACAAGAAUGGCUCGAUUUUCGUCAAGCACUAGUAAUUGACGAAUCUAACGGCUCAAGGUCGAUGUACGUCAAGAGUAUUUUCGAAGGUGGUAUGAGAGCUAUAAUAGAAGUAAAGGAUUACUAUUGGCAGAGGAUUCAUGACCAUUAUACACUGGUUGUCUCUUUGCCUAAGUAUAAUUUAUUACAUGCAGUACCUGAUGUAAAAUUUACACAGGAGUUAGGCGAGGAAGCUUAUAAAGCAUUAUGGAACACCGACUUUGCCGUCCAUCCUGAGUGGCUAUACUGCAGACACGUGGAACCACAUUUUGAUUCCCUGAAGUUUGAAAUACUGCAUUUCCUUAGAAGAAGGAAAGACGAACCUAACUUCGCGAUGCAAAAGAUUAAACACAUCUUUACAGCGUUUCCACCAACAUUACUUGAAAAAACCUAUCACUGUAAUGAAGAGCUGAUGGCACGAUUUAGCCACGAGGCAGUUGCGACGAAGCAAUGGGCCCUCGAACACGAAGAUCCUGACACUGAGAGGGAAUGCUCUGGUUGUCUUCUUGGCUCCAAUACUGCUUUCUUUACCACAGAAAGCGGUUUAACCCGUUGGCAAUUAUACCACGCGACUACGGCACAUGCUGAUCCCCCGGAGGGAUCAGUAUGGUCUUUGGGACCAGAAGAACCUUUUUACCGCCGUGCUACAGCCAAUCCUGACACUUUGGUCAUUCACGCACCAAUACCACCCGUGACGCUUCUGAGGAAUACUGACUCUAGCCCACCUGCUUUAGAUGAACGUUGGCAAUGGCUUAGUGCGGCGCGUACUUUGGGCCAUCCGACAAAACAUGGCAUCAUCGGAGUUGCGGGAUACCAUUUCUAUCCUAGACAUUUAGACGACCUCCUAGAUUCCAUCACAAACUUUCAUUGUAACGAAGAAGACGAAUCAAAAUGUGAACCACGGUGUGACAAUGAUACAUGGGCGUGUCUUCUAAUUGACGAAGAGGGGUGGGUUAUAGCAGACCAGACUGAAGAUGAAAGAAUUAAUAAGCAUUUGUCUACUGAGCAUCCAGCAGCCAUGAAGGCAUUACUUGAUGCUGGAGUGUUCCGUAUUCGCUGGGUUCAUGAUUACCAAGGUGUCUGCUUUCCACCAGAGGAUGAGAAAGCAAAGGCUGCAUCUACUAGAUUGCCUUCAAUAAUAAUAAGUUUGUGGAGUACAAUCAAGAUCGUCAUUUAUGCGUCUCACAAUAUCUUCACUGUUCUUUAUGUCAUGAUGUCUAACACAUUAGUAAGCAGCGAUACUGAAACAGAGAAGAAGAAACGUCGCGAACGAAUCAGGCAUGAUUACGAACGUGAAAAGUUUGAGCGACUUUUUGACUCCAAAGUGAUUUUGAAUCGCACGCGAUUUGCUGCUUGUGAUAGGACUCGAGCUAUUUACGAGUUACAGCGAAACAAAAAUUCCAUGGAAGCACUGAAUCGCCCCGCGGAAAUCUGUGAAUGGCCGUUGGUCGCCACCGAGGUCCCUCGAACCAAUUUACUUCUAUUAGCUGUGUUCAAAUCUUGCAAAAUCUCCAUGCAGUUGUACGACUCCUUAUAUAAUGAGCCAGUGGUAAUGGAACAAGAUAGCGAAGUGUUUGGUUCAGCGAGUCGUCUUGCAUGCUGGCGGAACCGGAUUCCUUUGCCUGCAAGACAACCCCACACAACCUGCUACCCGCAUAACUUCACAUCCGAGGAAGGGUACAGACAGUGCGGGCCUUGGCUUCCAGAUUCAGAAAACGAUGCAAACUCGUUACAAUUUAGUAAAAUAUUUUGGCUAUUAUUAAUUCACUUUGUUUUAUAUGUCACUUAG